CCAUUCGAAUAGGCAAAGCAAAGAAAGAGGAAGAAAAGCGUCUUUUGGCAGUCGCCAAAGGAUCAUCGUUCGAAUCAUUUCAUUGCUCACUCUCAUCGAUCAAAAAUUUAUUUUUAAAACCCCACUCCCAUCCUUUAAAUCCUAACUCUAGAGAAGACAACUGAAACGCAAAGCAGAGAUCCCCCUAAAUUUGCUCUCUUCUCAAAGCAUUUUUCUUUCAUCUCUACUUCAUGGCCCAGUCUACUGUAUCUCAGGUUUCUGUAGCUGUUCCCGUUGGAAACGACAUUUCUCUGAGGAGAUCUGUAACUAAGAGGGACAUUAUAAGCUUUGGUAACAAGUCAUGGGCUUCCACCUUGUCUUUUGAUUUGAAAUCACGAAAUGCACAGAAGAACAAACCGUACAUAGUAUGCAUGUCAGUGCAACAAGCCAGCAAAUCCAAGAUUGCAGUUUCACCUUUGGAGUUGGAGAUUGCAAAAGAGCCCCCACUAAAUACAUUCAAGCCCAAGGAGCCUUACACAGCUACCAUCGUUUCUGUUGAGAGACUUGUUGGUCCAAAAGCUCCAGGCGAGACUUGUCAUAUUGUCAUUGAUCAUGGCGGUAAUGUUCCAUACUGGGAAGGGCAGAGCUAUGGUGUUAUCCCUCCUGGUGAAAAUCCAAAGAAACCAGGUUCUCCCCACAAUGUUCGUCUGUAUUCCAUAGCAUCAUCCAGGUAUGGAGAUUCUUUUGAUGGCAAGACAACCAGUUUGUGUGUCCGUCGUGCUGUCUAUUAUAACCCUGAGACCGGAAAGGAGGAUCCGUUGAAAAGUGGUGUUUGUAGCAAUUUCCUAUGCAAUUGUAAGCCUGGAGAUAAAGUUCAGAUCACUGGCCCUUCUGGCAAGAUAAUGCUUUUGCCUGAAGGUAACCCAAAAGCCAACCACAUAAUGAUAGCCACUGGAACUGGUGUAGCUCCCUUCAGAAGCUACCUCCGCCGCAUGUUCAUGGAAGAUGUUACUUUCAAGUUCAAAGGCCUUGCAUGGCUUUUCCUCGGGGUGGCCAACAAGGACAGUCUCCUUUAUGAUGAUGAGUUUACCAAAUACCUCGAGGACUACCCUGAUCAAUUCCGGUAUGAUCUAGCUCUUAGCAGAGAGCAAAAGAACAAGAGUGGAGGCAAGAUGUACGUUCAGGACAAGAUUGAGGAAUACAGUGACGAAAUUUUCAAGCUCUUGGACGAUGGAGCCCAUAUAUAUUUCUGUGGGCUCAGGGGAAUGAUGCCCGGGAUCCAAGAAACACUGAAGAGGGUUGCGGAGCAGAGAGGAGAGAACUGGGAUGAGAAGCUUUCACAGCUGAAGAAGAACAAACAAUGGCAUGUAGAAGUAUAUUAGUUUUGGUUUGCGUGAUUUGACCCCACACUCCUCCAUGCAUGCCCUGUUUAAAGCAGCGUACCGUAGCCAUGUUAAGUCAAGCUGGUAUUUUUCAAUUUGUUUAGGGGGUUCACAUGUAAACCUGAUUUAUCUUAGUUGUCAUCUUACUUUUCUAUGAUUAAAUAAUUGAAGCUAGUUUCAGACUUUAUGAAGAAAACUUGAGAACAUUCCAACA